AUCAAAUUAACCAAGCUAAAAGACUAUAUAAACCCUACUUCUCUCUUUUCCUUUUCCUUUUCUCCCCUGCUUUUCUUUAUCUCCCUUUCAACUUCUAUCCCUCCUGUUCCUGAUCACAUUACUUAAAACUCAUUCUUCAAUCUUGUAUCCUAUCAAAUCACUUGAUUUCAAUUCGGGUCAUGAUAGCCUUGAAGCCUUUAUUGGCUAUCUUAAGCCUUUCUACUUUAACUAUUACUUCAUUAGCAAGUCAAGAAGCAGAACAACUUACCUUCAAUCCUCCAAACCUUCAAGAAGAAACCCAAACCGAGGGUCCAGCUUUCAAUGUUCAAACUGUCAAGACGGGUGGAAUCGAUUAUGAAAGAAUCACUUUAGCAGAGUUUCCUGAUUAUGCUAUUCGUCUUAAAUCUCCUGAGGGUUUAUGUGAUACAACUGUUAAACAGUAUAGUGGUUAUUUAGAUAUAUCCGAAUCUAAACAUCUUUUCUUUUGGUUCUUUGAAUCUAGAAACUCACCUGAUUCAGAUCCAUUAGUAUUAUGGUUAAAUGGAGGACCAGGUUGUUCUUCUUCUACUGGACUUUUAUUCGAACUCGGUCCUUGUAAUGUUGCCAAUGGUGGUAAAAAUACCGAAUCGAAUCCUCAUAGUUGGAACAACAAUGCGAACAUAAUCUUUUUAGAUCAACCAGUCAAAGUUGGUUAUUCAUAUACAGAUGGAGAUGAUUCGAUUAACAAUUCAUCAGAUGCAGCUCAAGAUGUUUAUGCAUUCCUACAACUGUUUUACAAUCAAUUUCCAAAAUAUUCAAAAUUAAACUUUAGUGUAGCAGCUGAAAGUUAUGGUGGUACUUAUGCUCCUAAUAUCGCUUCUGUUCUAUACAAAAAGAAUGCAGAAUUAAACCGAUUGAAAACAACGAAUUCAUUGAUGUCAACUAAAAAGUUUCAUAUUCCUUUGUCUACUAUCUUGAUUGGAAACGGUUUAACAGAUCCUUUGAUUCAAUUCGCUAGUGUACCUGAUUACGCUUGUGCUCCUUCUCCAUAUGCCAUCUUUGAUGAAGAAACCUGCUCAUCGAUCCGAUCCAAAGUUCCGACCUGUAAAAGACUUCAAAAGUUUUGUUAUGAUAGUCCUUCUAGAUUUACUUGUGUGCCUGCUACACUUUAUUGUUGGAGUUCGAUUGCCGGUCCUAUUCAAUCCAGUGGUUUGAAUCCUUAUGAUGUUAGAUUGAAAUGUGAUCAAUCAGCUAAUCCGUUAUGCUAUGAAGAGAUGGGUUGGAUUGAAACUUACAUGAAUCAACCGGAUGUUCGAGACGAACUUGGGGUUCCAUCUUCUCUCAAAUUCGAAAGUUGUAAUUACGAUGUGAACCGAGCUUUCCAGAUGUCUGGUGAUAAUAUGCAUAACUCAGCUAAAUUACUUCCUGAACUUCUCAGUAAUGGAAUCCGUCUCUUGAUCUACGCAGGUGAAGAUGACUUUAUGUGUAAUUAUCUUGGUAAUGAAAGAUGGAUGUUAGAAUUAGAUACAGAAUUCAGUGAAGAGUUUUCAUCUAAAAGACAUAAAUAUUUCAGUGAGAUCGUUCAAGAAAAACAAAGAAGUUUAGGAUUAGAUCAAGCACCUAAGAGUGAAGCUGGACAUGUAGGUAUGAUUCGUUCAGCUGGUCUUGGAGCUGGAAAUUAUACUUUUGUUUCGUUUUUCGAAUCGGGUCAUAUGGUUCCUCAUGAUCAACCUGAAGUUGCGAAUGAAUUAUUUGAUAAAUGGUUAAGAAAUGAACCAUUACAUUAAUCUAUUAGUGAUGAGCACAACCUAUCAAUUAUUGUUUUAGUUAGUUGUUUGUGAAAAAGGAUCGCGUUUUGUUUAAGAGAAAAAUCAGGUGUUCUUAAAGUCAAUGAAGUAUUUUUUUAAGUGAUUGAAUAUUCAUUAGAAUUAUGUAUGAGUGCGUGUGCGUGUUAGUGUAGAAUGGUUUUGGUUUGGUAUUCUUUUAUGAGUUUUGUAUAUAUGUAUGUGUAAAUAAAUGGAAGAUAAAAGGCUGAUCUGAUAUUUGCAUGUGACUGUUUAAAUGUUUCCCAAAAUUUCAAUGCCAUGGUCAUUUAUCAUUCCCGU